CGAAGCUCGAGGUGGAAUCGUCGGUGGAAUUUUUAAAAAUGCUGAGAAAUAUCGUGGUUUUGGCCACGGCCUGCCUCUGCUUGGUGGCAGCGCACAAGCAAGCUGAUGUUCACACUGCUGAUAAAGCCUUCUUGGUCAAGCAGAAGGAUCUUUACUCUCUAUUCUGGCAUGUUGAUCAGCCAACUACUGUAAAUGCUGAUCUCUAUCAGGUUGCACGUUCUUGGAGCAUCGAAGAACACAUUGACUCUUAUGUAAAUCAGACUGUUGUUCAUGAUUUCGUGCUCCGUUACAAGCAUGGUCUUCUCCACCGUGGUGCUGUGUUUUCAACUUUCCACCAUGAACAUCUUGAAGAAGCUGUCGCUCUUUUCAAAUUAUUCUGGUAUGCCAAGGACUACGAAACCUUCUACAACACUGCCGUAUGGGCUCGUUUUAACGUCAAUGAGAAACUUUUCACCUAUGCUCUUGCUGUAGCUAUCAUUCAUCGUCCUGACACUAAAUACAUUCAUCUUCCUCCUCUCCAUGAAAUCAUGCCACACUUCUUCUUCAACAAUGAAGUCAUCCAAGCUGCUUACUACGCUAAAAUGGGAGAUUCCAGUGUCAAAGCUGCCGUCAGUGUUAAAUACCGUGAAGGUGGUGAUGUUAUUAUCCACUCCAAUUACAGUGGUUGGUAUUUGACUCAUGAGCAUACCGAUGAAAAAUUGAACUACUUCACUGAAGAUGUUGGUCUCAACUCCUACUACUUUACCUUCGUCCAUGACUAUCCUCAUUGGAUGGACAGCGAAACUCAUCAUCUUCAGAAAGAAGUCCGUGGAGAACUCUACUACUAUGGACACAAACAACUGUUGGGUCGUUACUACCUCGAACGUUUGUCCAACGACAUGGGAGAAAUUGAAAUGAUUGAUUGGCAUGAACCUAUCAUCACUGGCUACUAUCCAAGCAUCCACCAUGCCAAUGGACUUCCAUUCCCCCAUAGACAUUCAUACAGCCAUGUUCCUCAUCACAAAUACGAUUUGGUUCAUGAUGUUGAGGAAUACGAAACUAGAAUUCAUGCAGCAAUCGAUUUUGGAUACGUCUAUGAUCACAGUCACCCACCCAAACCAGUAGACAUUUACACACCUGAAGGUUUCAACAUUCUUGCCAACAUUAUUGAAGGAAACGCUGAUUCUAUUAACGUACACUUCUACGGUAGCAUCGACCAUCUCUGCAGAAAAAUCCUUGGUUUCGGCCUGAGUCCCAUUGACAAACACCAUAUCCACCCCAGUGCUUUGGAAUACUACGUCACCAGUCUUAGAGACCCAGCAUUCUGGCGUAUCUACAAAAAGAUCGUUACUUACUUCUUAAAAUACAAAGAACAUUUACCCACAUACACUCAUGAAGAGCUGACCUUCCCCGGAAUUAAGAUUGAUUCAGUAGCUGUUGACAAACUUCUUACUUACUUCGAGCACUACGACUCUGAAAUUAGCAAUGGAGUGCCAGUAUCUACUCACAAAGAUGCUGAAACGACUUCCAUCAAGGUGCGUCAACACCGUCUCAACCACAAACCCUUCACAUAUCACAUUACCGUCAACAGUGACAAAAAUGUUAAAGCUGUUGUUCGAGUAUUCCUUGGACCCAAAUUUGAUCACCACGGACAUGAAAUCGACUUUGUUGACAACUGGGUCAACUUUGUGGAACUUGAUCAAUGGGUUGUUGAUCUUAAAUCUGGUAUCAAUAAAAUUGAACGCAGCAGUCACGAGUCUAUCUAUGUAGUUCCUGAUGAGCCUAGUGGUGUAGUCUACUGGAAGAAGCUUGUUAAAGCCAUUGAAACUGGCGAAGCAUUCACCUAUUCCAGCCAAGUUUAUGGCUUCCCUGAUCGUCUCAUUUUACCAAAGGGUAAAAGAGAAGGUCUCCCACUUAAACUCUUCGUUUUCAUUAGUGAAUUCGAUGAGAACCACGUUGUCAAAAUGGACUCACCAGUAUGGGGAACCACUGUUGUUGAUGCUAAACCCAUGGGAUACCCAUUGGACAAACCUGUUGUUGCUCACAGUUUCCAUGUUCCUAACGCUUACUUUAAGGACGUUGUGGUCUUCCACAAACACGUUGAAGAACUGAACCUUACUGUUUUUACAAUGUUAAAGCAAGUAUUUUUACUUGCUUGUGUGACUUUUAUAGCUGUUGCUGCUGAGGGUGGCUUUUAUUAUACAGAAGUGACUGCUGAUAAAGACUUUUUGCUCAAACAAAAAAAAAUUUACAAUUUAUUCUAUCAUGUUGGUCAGCCAAAUCUUGUUAAUCAAGAUUUAUACUCAGAAGGACAAGCUUACAGUAUUGAAGCCAACAUUGACUCUUACACCAAUAAGGAUGCUGUAAACUACUUCCUGGAGUUGUACAAGUUUGGACUGCUUCCGAAGGGUGAACUCUUUUCUCUCUAUUACCCAAAACUCUUAACAGAAACUAAAGCUCUUUUCAAACUGUUUUAUUAUGCCAAGGACUUUGAUACUUUCUUUAAAACUGCUCUGUGGGCUCGUGCCUACAUUAAUGAAGGCGAAUUCCUUUGCGCUCUUUACCAAGCAGUUAUUCGUCGACCUGACACUUUAUAUAUCCAACUUCCACCUCCAUAUGAAUUCUACCCAUAUGCCUUCUUCAACUCUGAAGUCAUCGAAGCUGCAAAGAAUAUUAAACUGCUCAACAGGAUUGACAAUCCAGACAGCAAUUCCUAUAUUAUUCGAGGAAAUUAUUCUGGAUGGUAUUUGAAUCGCGAUUAUGAUAUUGAGAUGAAACUAAAAUACUUCCUUGAAGAUAUUGGAUUAAAUACUUAUUACUUUUUCUUCCGUCAAAAUAAUCCUUUCUGGUUGAGCUCUGAGGAAUUAGGUCCCUCGGGAGAAAUUCGUGGUGAAGAAUACUUAUAUGGACAUCAGCAACUUUUCAAUCGUUACAACCUUGAACGAUUGGCUAACCACCUAGAGAAGAUUGAAGAUUUUGAUUGGGGCUCUGAAUUUUAUCCAGGUUAUUAUCCAACUAUGGUUUAUCACAAUGGUCUGCCGUACCCUCAACGUCCACAUUGGAGCAAGAUUCCUCACUACAAGUAUAAAUUCCUUUUCGCUAUACGUGAUUAUGAGCUCCGGAUUUCUGCUGCCAUUGACUCAGGAUUCAUACUUGGUGCCAAUGGUAAACAUCACAGCAUAUAUACACCAGAGGGUUUAAAUAUGUUAGGCAAUUUAAUUGAAGGAAAUGAAGACUCAUGUAAUAAAGACUUUUAUGGAAGCAUUGACUUCUUUGCCAGAAGAAUUCUUGGCUUUAAUUUGGAGCCGAAAUCUCCUUAUCAAGUAAUACCCAGUGCACUGGAAUCAUCCUUCUCUUGUAUGCGAGAUCCAGCAUUCUAUCGUUUAUAUAAACGAAUCAGUUACUUUUUAUACCGAUAUAAUUUGCGUAAAAAGCCGUAUACCAAAGAAGAGCUCGUUUUCCCUGAGCUAAAAAUAGAGUCUGUUGCUGUAGAUAAGUUGCUAACAUACUUUGAUGACUUUGAUGCAACAAUCAGCAAUGGCUUACCAAUAGCAAGUCAGAAAGAAGCUGAAUUAAUGACUAUUAAAGUACGACAACAACGUCUUAAUCAUAAACCAUUUACUAUUCACAUCACUCUUAAUUCUGACAAAGCUCAGAAGGUCGCUAUUCAAAUAUUUAUGGGACCAAAAUACGAUGCACAGAAUAAUCUUCUAGAGUUUUCUGAGAGCUACAAGUACUUUUAUGAAUUUGAUUACUGGAUCACUGAUGUGGCUGCUGGUAGCAACAAACUUGAACGCAAUAGCCACGACUUUUUCUUCCUGAUGCCAGACAAGGAACCUAGUGAGAUUUUCUACAAAAGAAUCGAGAAAGCACUUGAAGGCACUGACCAGUUUACUUACAAACAGUAUCUCUACGGCUUUCCCGAACGUCUUCUUCUACCUAAAGGAAGAAGAGGCGGUUCUCCCUAUCAACUAUUUAUCUAUGUUAGUCCAGUCAACGAACUCUAUGACUACAAGUCUCGAGUAUUCGGAAACUAUCAGUUUAAUAAAAAAUGCAUUGGAUUCCCACUCGAUAGACCCAUCUAUUAUCCUUAUUUCCAAGGACCUAACAUCUUCUUUAAAGACAUCAUUAUUUAUCACAAAUCUGAUAUUGAUCCCAAUGCCACCAGUUAA